AUGGGAGAACUUGAGCCUAGACUGGCCCUCCGAGUCCCUCAGCCUGUGACUUUUGAGGUCCAGUCCGCUCCCAUUGUGAUUGCCCCCCUCUCAUCCAACCUCUCUGCGUCUGUGGGAUCCACCGUCUCCAUCACCGACUGCCAACUUUUGCAUGGCGACUGGACCAACGAGGGUGACGAUGGUGAGGAUUUGCACCAUCCCCGAAUCCACCCCAUCCGGCCGAACGAGACUCACCGCAGUUGCGGCGGCAUGGCUGGCGCAUUGGGUCCUAUUACGCUCUCCAGACGUCGCACGGACGGAAUUGAUGGAUAA